UCUUUAUAAAAUUUUUGCCAGCUGAAAUGUUGUGUUUUGUUAAGAUUUAGGAAUUAUAUUAUUAAUUUGUAAUCAAAUAUGGGUAAACUAGACGUUAUUAUUUUACGGUACUUGACCAGUGAGGACUUUCGUGUUCUAACUGCGGUGGAAAUGGGUAUGAAAAAUCAUGAAUUAGUACCCGGAGCGCUGGUAGCCUCUAUUGCCAAUCUCCGACAUGGCGGAGUUCACAAAUUAAUGAAGGAAUUGUGUAAACAUCGACUCCUAACCUACGAACGAGGAAAACACUAUGAUGGUUAUAGGCUCACAAACAGUGGUUAUGACUACCUCGCACUCAAAGCCCUCACAAACAGGAAAGUUAUUGCUUCAUUCGGUAAUCAGAUUGGAGUUGGCAAGGAAUCAAAUAUUUACACAGUAGCUGAUGAAGAUCGUAACCCAUUAUGCUUAAAGCUGCACAGACUGGGUCGAACAUGUUUCCGGAACAUUAAAGGCAAGCGAGACUAUCACGCGCACCGUAACCGUGCCUCCUGGCUCUACCUGUCCCGGAUCUCAGCCACGAAGGAGUUUGCCUACAUGAAGGCACUACACGACAGAGACUUCCCAGUGCCAAAACCAAUAGACUUCAACCGACAUUGUGUUGUGAUGGAGCUGGUGAGAGGAGGACCAAUGACCCACGUGACAUCGGUCGACGACCCCGAGGCUCUGUACGACGAGCUGAUGAACCUCAUCGUCAGACUCGGCAACUGCGGCGUCAUACACGGCGACUUCAACGAGUUCAACAUCAUGAUUAACGAGGACGGCCACCCCAUCAUCAUUGACUUCCCACAAAUGGUGUCCACUUCACAUCCCAAUGCUGAGUUAUACUUCGAUCGCGACGUGAAGUGUGUCCGUGAGUUUUUCAAGAAACGUUUCGGAUACGAAAGUGAAACAUACCCGAAGUUCAGUGACCUGGAGAGAGAGGACGAACUCGACACGGAGGUCGCCUGCUCGGGGUACAAGCGGGCGAAGGAUGUCGACGACGAAUUACUUGAGGAAAUGGGCAUUGUGCUGGCUGUAAGCGACGAUGAAGGCAGCUCUGAUAAUGAACACGAGGAAUCAGAACGGAGUACACAAUACACGGAGGAAGAAUUGGCUGCUUUGAGGCAACAGGUCGAUACAUCAAUAAACAGUGACGAAAAAAAAUCACAUAUUGAACAUAUAACAAAUAAAACCGUAAACCUAAAUAUAAGCGAUGAUAAAGACGAAGAAAUACCCAAUCUUGUACCAGCAGAAGGACAUAAUCCUGUAGUAGAAGAGAAUAUCGCAGAGCUUGACAGAAAUUCGCAGAAGUACCGAUUAGCCAUGAUAGAGAAGGCGCUAUCAGAUGUUAGAUCCAUGCGCUCAUACACGUCGGCGAGUACGAUAGCACCUGAAGUGGUGAAGCAACAGGUGAAGAAAAAUCUAGAGAUCCGUCAGAAGAUGGAGAGGAAGAAAGCAGUUGCUAAAGGAGAAGCGAGCGCGGUGACCAGAGCGAGGAGAGAUAAUAGGGAGACGAUUAGAGAAAGUCACGGUCUCUGGGGAUGGGAUGAAUAAA